AUGAGCAAGCUCAAGUCUCUCUGGAAUGACCAUGUUGUGCUCAAACCACAACCCGGUGCCUUUGGGGCCGAAGACCCAAAGUCUAUCAGCUACAGCAACGAGGAUAUGGACCCCAUCAGAAGACAAGAUCGCACAUACGAGUGGUACCAGAUGGGCCUUUUCUGGAUCGCUGAAGGCUUCAAUGCCGCUCAGCUUCAAGUGUCGAGUUCGGCUUUUUCCCUAGGUCUGAACCCAGGUCUCUGCGUAGUCGCAUGCCUCGUCGGAAACAUUAUUGUCUCAGUACCCUGCGCCGCUUCUGGAUAUCUGGGAAGUAAAAUUGGCACCAACUUCCCUGCUACCAUUCGAGCAUCUUUUGGUAUGCAGGGAGCCAAGUGGGCGAUGAUCGUGCGAGCUGUACCGUGUAUCAUCUACUACGGCAUACAGGUCAGCUUGGCUGGAAAAGCAGUGCAAGCGUGCACUACUGCGAUUUGGCCUUCCUUCGCAAACUGGAAAGUCAACUCCAUCCCUACAUCAGCCAAUAUCACCGCCCAGGAGAUUCUAUGCUUUGUCAUUUUCUGGCUACUAUCCCUACCUUUCUUGUAUCUGCCUAUCAGGACAUUGCGAUACCUUUUCGUGCUCAAGAGUGUCUUGGUACCUCUGUAUUGGACAGCUUUGUUCACUUGGUCCAUUACAGUGGCGGGUGGUUUCCCUGAUAUCUGGAAAGCGAAGAGCGUUCCACUCGACGGAAUGUCUGUCGGAUAUUUGUUUGGCAUUUGCGUCAAUGCCGCGAUCUCUGGCAAUGCCACUUUCGCUGUCAACAUCAUGGACAUCUCGAGACACUCAAAGAGCGACAAGGCUGCGUGGGUUACCCAAUUGUUCGCGCUUCCGAUAUUUGUCACAUUGACGGAGCUUCUUGGUUGCACUAUGGCAGUCGCUUCGUCUGUGUUGUAUGGCCAGGUGGAGUGGAAUCCUCUUGUAGUGAUCAACCACUUCGAGAAUCGACCUGCCAAGUUCUUCGCAGGUGCAUUGUUUGUGUUCUUCAACAUCAUGACCAAUGUUACUGGCAAUUCGAUUCCUUUGGCAAAUGAUCUCACUGGCUUGUUUCCGAAGUAUAUCAAUAUUCGUCGUGGACAGUUCAUCUGUGCUGUCGUGUCAUUCGCGAUCUGUCCGUGGGAGAUUCAAGCCAAGGCGACGACCUUCCUCGCCUUUAUGGGUGCUUAUACUCUCUUCCUGGGAGCGACGACUGGUGUGAUGAUGGUCGAUUACUUCUGGGUGCGUCGCAGCUACGGCAUCAACAUUUCUCAUCUCUUCAAGCCUCGCGGUAUCUACUGGUACACGCAAGGCUUCAACUGGCGUGCCUUUGUAGCAUGGUUUGUUGCUUUGGCUCCGCUCUUCCCAGGUAUGCUGUACUCAAUGGGCGUCAAAAUUACGAACAAGCCGAUCCUGAAUAUGUAUUCAUGGAACUAUGUUCUCGUUGUCACGUUUUCUGGCUCGAUAUAUUGGGCGUUGACCACGAUUUUUCCAGUCCCAAUUGAGACUGAGGAUCAGGACUUGGGUAAGCUGUACCUGAUCGAGGGAAGAGAUCCAUUUGACACUGCUACUCCAGAAGAGAAGGAACAGCCACUGGCGAAAGACGAGAAGAGUGUGGGCGCUGUAACAGAAUUUGGGUCAGCUUGA